CAGUGCGUCAAAAGAGCUUCUGCCCCGAGUCAAGUGAUUAUCGUCUGCAAUGUGUCGCGAAAUCUCUGCGAAAGUCCUGGCCUCUCUGGCAGUGAUCGGUGUGGUGUUCCUAGCUCCCGCCUCGGGAAUCAGCAGACCCCUGCCCCCCUACGUCGGCCUGCCCACCCAGGAUGGCCUUACCCGGCUGUUCCUCAACUCGCGGGUCACGCAGCGCGACCCCUUCGCCUCGGUGGCCUGCUUCGGCGGCUACAUCGGCGAGUCCAACCAGAUCGCGGAGCGCUACAGCGCCAACUACAGCAGGUGUGCCACGGUGGCACAGAACUCGAGGAAGGGAAUCGACACUGACUUCCUGGGCACCCGCCGCACCAUCCAGCGCUCCUCGGAGAGAGUCUGCCAGGAGCUCAGCGUGUGCAACCGGAUCAACGGCACCCUCGACUCCUUCGACUGCCACGCCGCUGUGGGCUCGAACAACACGGUAUCCACCUAUAGUAUCUCGGGAAACGCCUCGGAGUCCGCUAGUUUGCUGCGGGAACGCUACCGCGUGAUCGAUCUGCAGCACGAGCAGUGCUGCCACAAGGCAGAGCGCCACUACGUGGAGGCCACUGCCAAGAACUACAACCACCUGCAGGCCUGCCUGGAUGGCCGGGUACCGCCGAAGCCAAUGCCACCGAUCACGACCACCAGCACCACUAGCACCACCACCACCACCACGACCACCACGGAGGCACCCACCGAGCCGCCGACCACAACGUCCCCUUUAGACGCGGACGAUCAGUUCAAGCAGCUUUUGAAUUUGCUAAACUAAUCCCCAACAAAGUGUACACCUUCCUCAAGAAUAAGCUACGUAAUUAAAGGAAGGCCGGUCCUUGGCCAAACAAUCCUUGGGCAAACAUUUGCUCAACUCGAAAUUCAA